AAAUAUAAAUGUGCGAAACAGUGUGGAAUACUUUUACUUACUACUACAAAAUGUUCCCAGAAGUCAUCUUAGUGCUGUCGAUUUUCAGUGGUUUAUGUACUUCAGAUUUUGUGUCUACACCAAACCAGAAUUACUUUUUGUCCAUAGAAUCCCUGAACUGGACAGAUGCUAGAGAAGCAUGUAUUAAUGCUAGUUUGGAAUUGGUCAGCGUUUUAUCCAAUAAAGAACGAGAUACUAUUCAGACAUUUUUAAAGGAGAAUAAUCUUAAACCAGCAGAUAAAUGGUCUGGUUAUUGGCUGGCUGGAAUAAGGUACCCUAAUGGAACAUUCUACUGGGACACCACCGAAACAGAGGUCGGACUUGGCGUUCAGUACGGUUGGUUGUUUGGUGAACCCAGCAAUGCUGACGCCCUUGAACACUGUCUGGAACUGAAAUGGGACGGGAACAACUUUGGUUGGAACGAUUAUCAUUGCAUAGUAGAAAAACGGUACCUAUGCCAGAAUCGAAGAAAAGAUGGUUCCGACACCAACGGGUUGGAGGAUUACAGCUUCUUGACUGAGGAGAAUUUAAGAAAUUCAUAUAGAGAUAGAUUUUAUUAUCAUGUUCGUUCGCCUGUAGUUGUGGGCAUAAGAAACAGUUUUUAGAAAUUUAUCAUAUUAACUUAUUUUUUUAAUUGGUUAAGCUUCAUUCAGAACCUCGAAAUUAGUGGAAUAAAUUAGUGGUUUCAAUUAACGUAGAAGUUUGUUUCUUUAAUUUCAAUGUAAGGUAUUCAGAACGUCAAAAUUAGUGG